AUGGAGUGCUUUUCCAGUUUUAUAGAUCAAAAAACAAUGGAUGAUCUAAAAAAUUUCUCACUUCAUCCAGGUGACCUGUUUGUAGUGACUUAUCAAUCUGGUACUACUUGGCCACAACAAAUUGUAAAACUCAUACAAAGAAGUACUUUUGAUAGUAUGACAUCAAAGUUCAUCUGCUAUCCCGACCAACAUAUAGAUCCUAGUUGUUUGUCUCAUCAUAAAGAUGUUACACCUUUCUUACGUAAAGGUAUUAUAGGUGAUUGGAAGAAUCACUUUACUGAGGAACAAUCUACAAGACUAGAUACUGAGACGUAUGCUAAAAGAAUGACUGGGAGUGGUCUAGAGUUUAGCUAUGAAUAA